GAGGGAGAGAGAGAGAGAGCGAGAGAGCCGAGCCCCGCCGGCGGCCCAUUGAGGAAAGAUGGCCACAGUCAGUGCAAACGGAGUGCUGCGGGAGAAUGGAUUCAGCACCACGGACAGCGGCGGCAGGAUGAACGGGCUCGGCCUCGGUAGUCAGAACACCAUCCCCAUGAAGGACCACGACGCCAUCAAGCUCUUCAUCGGCCAGAUCCCUCGCAACCUGGAGGAGAAGGACCUCAAACCGCUCUUUGAGGAAUUCGGCAAGAUUUACGAACUCACGGUACUGAAAGACAGGUUUACCGGGAUGCAUAAAGGAUGUGCCUUUCUUACAUACUGUGCCAGAGAGUCAGCACUGAAAGCCCAGAGCGCCCUCCAUGAACAGAAGACUCUGCCAGGGAUGAAUCGGCCCAUCCAGGUGAAGCCAGCAGACAGCGAAGGACGGGGAGAAGACAGGAAGCUGUUUGUGGGGAUGCUCGGCAAGCAACAGAGCGAGGAUGACGUCCGGCGGCUCUUCGAGACCUUUGGCCAGAUUGAGGAGUGCACCGUCCUGCGGGGUCCUGAUGGGGCCAGUAAGGGCUGUGCUUUUGUCAAAUUCUCCAGCCACGGAGAAGCACAGGCUGCCAUCAACAGCUUGCAUGGUGGACAGACCAUGCCUGGCGCCUCGUCCAGCUUGGUGGUCAAAUUCGCAGACACCGACAAGGAGCGGACUUUGCGCCGGAUGCACCAGAUGGCGGGUCAGCUCGGCAUCUUCAGUCCCAUGACUAUCCAGUUUGGGGCCUAUGGCGCCUACUCUCAUGCUGUAAGUCUCAGCCCGGCAGGGGAGGAGACGCAGAUGAUGCAACAGCAAGCAGCCCUGAUGGCGGCAACACAAGGGUCCUACCUGAACCCCAUGGCGGCCAUUGCUGCCGCGCAAAUGCAGCAAAUGGCGGCGUUCAAUGUCAACGGCCUGGUGGCGACUCCGAUGACACCAUCCUCAGGCACCAGCACACCCCCAGGCAUCACUGCAACUGUCCCCAGCAUAGCCACGCCCAUCGGGGUCAACGGCUUUAGUGCCCUCGCGCCACAAACCAACGGGCAGCCCACGUCCGAGCCAAUUUACAGUAACGGCAUUCACCCUUACCCAGCACAGAGUCCGACAGUGACCGACCCUCUCCAGCAGGCUUACGCCGGCGUCCAACACUACGCAGCAGCCUACCCCGCCGCCUAUGCGCCAAUCAGCCAAGCAUUCCCCCAGCAGCCGACCAUCAUUCCCCAGCAACAGCGGGAAGGGCCGGAGGGCUGCAACCUGUUUAUUUAUCACCUGCCCCAGGAAUUUGGUGACGCGGAGCUCAUGCAAAUGUUUCUCCCUUUUGGCAAUGUCAUCUCGGCGAAAGUCUUUGUGGACAGAGCGACCAAUCAGAGCAAAUGUUUCGGCUUUGUGAGUUUUGAUAACCCCUCGAGCGCCCAAGCUGCCAUUCAGGCCAUGAACGGCUUUCAAAUAGGCAUGAAGAGGCUGAAGGUGCAGCUAAAGCGGCCAAAGGACGCCAACCGACCUUACUGACUGGUCUACAGGCCUGAUCAAGGAUGAAGGGCCCACAACACCUUAUUUCCACAAGUGCAGUCAAAGACUCCUUGCUCUUCUACAUAUCACGACGGACAGGUGGUCCCUUAAUCCCACUGGAAUCCCACUGGAAGAUUGGGUGACUGAGUGAAGAAUCCCAAUUUUUAUUUUUCCUCCAUUUUUUGGCAAAUGCCUUUUUUUUGUCUUAUCAAUCCCUGUUUCUUUUAUUUAUGAAUUAAUUUAUUUUUGGCUUAGGCAUCCGUAGGAAGCAGAUUUUUUGCAAAGACCAACUUUUUUGCUGCUCUUUUUUAGACAUGAUGAGUUGAAAAGAAGAAAAAAAAACACACUCAUAGACUCAUUAUGCUCAAAGCAUGCAUACCAUCAACACGCAUACAAACAAGAUGCUAUAGCUAAGGAAAAUUACAAAAAAAAACAUUGUACAUAAGUGCAAAUGCCAAUUCAAGUACUGAAGCAAAUACACACACAUACAUGCAAGCAAACACGUACACACACCAGCCUGCUGCCAUUUUGGUUUUUGUGCCUACACAGACGUUGUGUGCUCUGUGACAGGGCCGACCGAGCACUGGAUGGAUGAUGAUGACAAAGAAGAGGAAGAAUCCAGGAUAAUUUACAUGCAUCAUUCCUUAGGAAAUAGGGACCAAAGGACUAAAAAAAAAAACGCUUUUUAAACAAAUAUAUAAAUAUAUAAAUAUAUAUUUAAAAAAACUCAUACCUUGUAGCUACAACUAUUACUCUUAGUCAAAAAAAGUAACAAAAAAAAUCAUUAAAUCAAUAUCCAGUGGCCUACUGUAAUAAAAGAAAAUGGACUUUAUGUAUUGAAGAAAAAAAAAACAUGGAAUUGUAGUGUAGGGGCUGUUUUUUUUGUUUGCUCUGGAUGCUAAUCGGGCACCAAGUUGUAUCAUAGUGAAGUGGGUAAAGAAAAAAAAAUGUAGAUUUGCUCAUUUUUCCUGUUGUUAAAAAAUACUUGAAGUUGCAAUGGUGAAGGACAAGAAGAAAUUAACAAUGGACAGUGCUGUUUACGACACUGGAUACUGCGCUCAUCACCAUGUCCAAGGCACCGCAAAAAGGAGAGACUGAUUCCCGGAAAGGGCAAAAGAAUGAACUAACUUGUGCCUGCGCUAGACAGAGUGCAGACACUGAAGGCUCCUCCUUAGCCUUUACGUUCAAGCGACAAUCCACUGUAAAAGACCAAGCAACACGGACCCCCGAGGGCGCCUUUUGGAUUUUUUUUUUCUGGCCCUUUUUGUAUUGCGCAACGUGAAAAGCAAAGUGGUUCAAUGAAGGGCGGCAAAUAAUACAAGGAUUUUGAGGGAACAGGAAAGCUACUGAAACUGCCAGAAGAAUGAAAACUAAAGUUUCCACCAAGUGGUAUCGUUCAGUUUGCCACGGUAUGGUUCUGUAAACACUGACGGCCAGGAGGCAGCCACAAUUAACUAAUUAAUAAUUAAAUAAAUUAGGGCCCAGUUCUGUGUGCAGACAGUAUCUAUAAAUAAAUCUGAUUUGUAAGCCAUAUUUUUUCCUGUUCGAUCUUCUGUAUAAACAACAUGGACAUGUAAUGGGACGACUAAUAAACGUCUUUUCUAAGUUGAGCUUUGAGGAUGCGUGGAAAUAAAUUUCGGAAAGCUACGAACCUGAAAUUCAUGUCUCCCACUGCUGUUUGCUGAAAGAAUGUUGGGUUGCGUCAUAAAAACUCACACAAUAAUUUCCCAUCCAUACCGAACUGAACUGAACAAUACUGCUUGGUGGAAACAUAAAAUAAGUUGUAUAGUUGUGUCCAACGUCCCCUCAAAAAGAACCAAUAAUGUUAUUAUAUGAACUACCUAUAAAUGUUAAGACAUAAUAAGACCAACAGAAUUACACAUCCGAAACAUUCCACUGUGAACAUGCUUCUCGACCUACUUUUUUGGUAACAAUCCAUGUCAAUUCCCCAAAAAAGCUGAAGACACAGUCCGUCAUAAAAUGCCAACUUGUAAAUUAGCUCUGGCUCUGAACGUUCCCCAAUUUGCUCGGUUGGAACGUCGCAACGAUUCGAUCAACAGUAGUGGAUGGCAGGCAGUAAGAAGAACGGAGGUGGGAGGGAGGGAGUGAGUAAACAUCCUUCAAAGUAAUGCUGCGAGGAUGAAGCCCAAACACUAUAAAAAUAGAAGGUGUAACCAAGCUCCUGGUGACAAGCACCAUAUAUCUGUUCUGCGGGUCCCACAAAAAAAAAUAGGAUUAAAGCGUUCAGAAAGCUUGGUCCAAAACAGUUGGAGUAUUAAAUCUCAUUGUCUCUCAAGAGAAUAAAACGUAAACCAGAUUUAUUGCAAACAACUGACAAUGUGCUACAGAUUUGUAUAUUCAUUGUGAUAAAGCACAAGUUGCCAAGAUAGUGUCAAAACCCCUUUGCUCAGUUCUGCUCAUAUCAAUUAUCCCCUGUCCUCCUUAUUGCACUGUAAUCACCAGCUUUUAUCCAGCAACAGUUUAAAAAGAGAAAUAUCACCAGGAUAUUUACAGGGACCAAAUGAUGAGUAGGGGCGGAUAUUUCCUCGGAUGACACAGGAAAGAUUAGCCAAAAUGAUGUUUGUGCCUACCCUUACAUUUGAGAGUUGGCCCGAGAUUAGCAACACUGCCAAAAUAUCCCCAAAGACAAGAUAGCUGAUGUGGUAUAAAAUAUUUUCAUGUCGUAGCUCAAACUGUUUUAUAUUAUUGAUGGACCAAAAUUUCAGCAAAAGUUAAUCCACGAUUGUAGUGCAUCAAUAAUAAUUUUUGAACUGUGGAGACUCCAUAAUAUUUUUCAUUUGACAUUUUAUGGAGUCAUACAAAGAUAACAUAACUAUGAGGCCGAUUUUCCUUCUAAUUCAAAAAGAUUGAGGAACAAAACAUUGAUUAAUAGACACCCUAACACAAUCAUUGCAAAAAUGUGGCAUCUAAUUGAAAAACUAAACCUGAAAUGGACACCUCAUAUAAUCCCAGGGCUGACACAAUUUUCCCACAACACACCUAUAAAGCAGACAGCAUCUGUAAAUAUUUAUGAUUGAGUUUAAAAAGAAAGUUCUUCCAGUAGCAAUAGUUGUCAACACUGAUACUGAGGAAAUUACAGACGAGGGGAAAAAAACUGCCUAACAAACAAAAGCCACCUCUAAAAAAAAAAUCAAUUCCUUGUACUCUCUGCAGUUGAAAGAAUAAACAUCCCCGGCCACAAUAUGAGAAAAUGCAGUCCUAUUUCUCCGUCUUUGAUUUGCUAUCAUGAAGCAGGGAGUCAAACAAAGCAGUGCUCUGCAAAGUGUUUCUUGUUCAUAAGAGGCAGAACUAAUUGAUGGCAAAUCUAAUGUUCCAUAAGCAAUGAAAUUUCCCGUGCUUGCUUUGGCCUCACAUCGCAGCGCAUGCCGAUCACGAAACCUCACAAGACGACUCUCGCAGGAUGCCAUUGUAGUUCCCAGUGGCAGGUUGUGCACCCGAGUGAGCUGACACCCACGCUAGCCUAUCACGUUGCUGACUAACCAGUGCUGAAUUUACGAUAUGUAAUAUCCUACAGCGAGGUGAAAUGAAAGCGUUAGAUAGGCAGCUGGAAACUUUCAACAAAGAUAGUCUGUAUUACUUUUUACUCCCUUGAGGACACACUUUUUAAAGUGAUGGGUAGUAAAAACAGAAAAAGCCGGGCAGGUUUUUUUUUCCCACCGAAAAGUACAUCUAUCUGUAUGAUGCAAUAUUCAUACUCUGAGUCUGAGUCACUCAAAAUGACAAAAGAUGUGUCCAUGUGUACACAGGUAUAAAAAAUAAAUGAAAAAAAAACCCAAAGUAACCAUUAUAGAUAUUUUCAAACUUCAACCUAAAAGAGCAUUUCAUGAUUAUGACAAGGCAACAGAGAUCAUUAUUCCCAAUUAGAAAUGAAAAUGCCUCACUAAUAACAAUGGCCAAAUUGAGUAAGUAAUUAGUGUAGCCUUCUAAUGAGGCAGAGUAAUUCUUUAAUUAAUGGAACAUGCAUCAAUCUGAUGUAAAGUACAGAAACCAGCACCACAGUAGAAAGCACACUUCUGCCAUUUAGCAUAUCCAAGUAACUUUGUGGACACUCAGGAGGGUCCGGCUAAACAAAAAAUAAUGACUAACCCAAACUAUUCUUCAGAAAACGCUGAAAUAUGGGAAAUAAUUUCCUGGAAAAUCGGGGAAUACCCAAAAGUCAUUUAUUUGGCCUGGCACCAGGGUGGUCCAAACAAAUUUCAGUGGGGCAAUGCCCCAGUAGCCCCACCUCUAGCUCCACCAGUGAAUAGAACCCCUUAAGACCUAUAGUUGGAACUUCUCUUAUAUGGAUCAUCACCAACAUUAGACAGGUUGUUAUUCAUCAGAUUAAUUACCCUACAAAAAAUAAAAUAAUUUUAUCAAGCCCAUUUAGCUCAUAAAAAUAAAUAUCCAGGUCCAUGUGGACACAACCCAAAGUAUUGCCUAUUUUAUAUAUUUUCUAGUUAGAAGUGCACCUUUAACCGUUGAGAUCUUCUCUAACCAAUGUCGGCCAUAUCAACCAGUCUCCAACACUCACCCUAAAAUAGUAGAGAUUGUCAAGGAAAGGAAGUGAAAUGUAAUUGACUGAAAGUCUAGCGAUGAUUAAAGUCACCUGUUGGGACAGAAGGGAAAAAUUAAUGCUUCUCAUUUGAGAGCUGCUUCCAGACUGAUCUUUUCCGUCAUCUCACUCCAGUUGUUACUGGUGUGGAAAUGAGAUUUUUUAGAUGGAAAUAGGCACAGGGUGGUGGUCGUCGAGAGGGGGGGGGGGCUGAAACCUGAAAACUCCAAAUCACUCCUGAUACUCAGGGCAUCAGGCGCGAUGAUGUCAUGAUUAGUGGAGAGGUUCCGAGCCUCGCCUCACCGCCUCACCCUGAGAUGGGAGAUCGCAUCCCAUUACUGUGAUGGCGAUGAACUAUCUAAUUCCUAUCAAGCAGUCACGAGUUUAACAAUAAACGAGAUUACAGUAUAGUUUAAGACCAUAAUGCACAAAGUCACGAGGGAUGUACGAUCGAUCAUGCUUGACUCGGUACGAUAACGAGCAGUUUUUGUGUUAUUUCUUCAUGUAAAUAGCCUAUAAAAUACAAAAUUAGAGAGAUUGUACAGUAGUGUGCUCUGAAAAGCUCCACUCUCUGGUACAAUGAUGUCAUUUGAUACACCGCAGCAGUGCUGGGAUCUGCGGGUCAUUUUUCAGUCCCUCAACUUUUGAAGUUGUCUUACUUUUCCAAAUGCUGGCAUAAGUAACACAAGAGGUUAAGUCCACCCUAGUUUGGAUAUGGUUGCAGUGAAUCAUGGGGACGUGUUGUAGAUUUGUGGAAAUUGAUACCAGAACUCCAGCUCAUGUUCUUAAUCUGCUUUGAAACAUUAUAAAGCAGUAAUGGACCUAAGAAGAAGAAGGGGACGAGGAAGUGACAAAUUAUUGAAGAAAUAUGUCGCCUUCCAUGACUCUUGACCACACUGCUGCUACAUCUCUCUUGUACAUACAAUAUAGCUUAUUUUUCAAUUUUGUUCAGCCUUCUUUAUGGGCUUACGUACAAUAUCUCAUGUUGAAAAGGUAAAAAAAAAACUAAAAAAAAAAAAAACUAAAUAAUCUAUUUCAGUCAAAUAAAGAGAAGGAACCUAAGGAGUAAUUUUAACAAAAAAAUGAAUAGAUAAUACAAUAAUUUUAUUUCUUGUACAGUGUUUCACAAGGAUUUUAUACUCAUGUUGGAAAAUUGGUGAUUUCUCCAAUGUUUUCCUGAGCUAGGAUGGACUCAUUAUCAUGAAGUUUAUUAUGAUUAUGAUUUUUUUAUUUAUUUAUAUUUUUCAGGCUGCAUAUGUAUUUAGAAAAAAAGGAAAAAAAUCUUUAAGAGAUUCCGCAUGCUAACAGCUCUUGGAUCAAUAAUAAACUGGACAAAAUGCACUUAUGGUUACUGGUCAAGUGGAAUCAAGGAGGAAACACUCUUUCUUGCUUAUGUCACUUUUGGGGACCUGCAGACUUCUCACCCCCAUAAGCCGGCCUUUAUUAAAAAAAAAAAAAGUUUAGCAUUUAUACCCUUGUUAGACGUUUCCAUUUGUCCUCUGUGGAAAAGGAGUCCACGAAAGACAGCAAAAUCAACAAAAACCCACCAACAUCAAAACCUAUGCUGUAACCUUGGAAUUAAGCUAUGGAUGAAUUGUCUUUGUUUGAUUCUGUUUCAUUUCUUAAGGGCUGGUGGUUUGUCACAUCUCAUCUAUUCUGUGUUUACAUUCUUGCUUUCUCAUAUGUUGUGGCGAGGGUUUUGCCUCCCAACCGCAAUACACUGGAGAUGUUGAUUUGCCAAUGUGACGAGGGAGUUCUGCCUUAAACCUAGCUUAUUCCCCACUGCUCUUUCUCUUUCUCUCCCUCUCUCUCUUUCUCUCUCUCCUACCUUCUCACCCUCUUUGUCUAUCUCUCCGUCUCUCGCGGUACUACCUGUGAACACUGCUUGGACACCCUGUAUUGUAAAAAUGGGGAGACACCAAAUCCCAAAAGUCAAAGAAACCUGCUGUUUAAUUUACCUCAAGCCCAUCCGUUGCAUGAAUGAGAACAUCUCCAUCACCAUUGGUUACCAGGACCAAAAUAUAGAACUCAGAAGGCUGAGUUUGCGCCAAAUGAGAAUCCAAUCAGAGCCUUCAAAGAGCUCAAACUGAGACACUAGUAGUUUUUGCCUCAUGGGUUUUUCUAUCAUGAGUCAUUCCCAUUUUUGCUAAUCCUAUUCAUUCAUUUUCAUGCAUUUAUACAAAUUAGCAAUGAAUGAAAUUGUACAAUUCCAUGACUCGAACAAAUAGCAUUUUUUGAUUUAUUUUUGAAACAGAGAUGUAAUUUGAAUCAAUGUUGGCUCUGGUCCGAUUCCCCUGGUUUUGGAGUGAUAUCCUCCCCAUAGUGCUCCUGAACGCUGUAGUUCUCUAGUUCAUUAUAUUCUGCUUAGACUAAAAUAAAGCACAGACCUGUAGAAAAAUGA